AACACCUGCCACUUAACGAUUUGAAAAGUUAUUUACUCGGCUAGAGAUACAUUGUCAGUUACUCCUAAUGUGGUCUGGUCACCGGAGCACAUUUUUGUGUGGUUUAUUUGGCUUGUUUUGUUGUUCACGUUAAUAAUAGAGAUUUAUAAAUCACAUGCGUGUGUAAGUUGACACUCAAAAUGAUUGGGAUACCCAAGGCUUGUCCAGUUGUGUACAUUGUCAUUGCUUUGGUCGGCGUUUUGCCCACAUGUUUGGGAUCUGACGAAGAGGUGUCGAAUACUUCGUCUAACUCUACUAAACUCUUGCCAAACGAAGCAACUGGAGAGAAUGUUUCAGAGGACGAGGUGAUCAGCUACAGACAGCCACGGAGUGCCAGUCCUGCAGAUUAUGCGAAACGCGAGGCCGCUUACAAGAACUAUAUGUUGAGGACGCGGACAGGUAAGACUGUUCCAGAGGACCCUGAAGUUCUGUGCGGAGACAAGUCGAUCCAUGUGAGGAUUCGGUCUGGCGAUGCCGAAAACCUCCAUGUCCUUGCGCCGAAUGGCUUACCACUUACCUUAAAGGAACUACCUGUCUACUGUAACAUAAUUACCAAGACGUUGAGCAAGCACGUUGUCUUGGUUUCUCGCUUUGAUGGGUGUUUUGUCCAACCGCAGGAUUCUGCGUAUGUUCUCAACCUGAUGUGGUUUGGAAGACCUAUACAGGCGACCUGUCCUCGAGAACAACCGCCACUGAUUAUUUGCAAAACACACUCAAUGGACGUUUUGUUUUUUGGGGAUGAACUGAAGGAAAAGCUUUCAGUAAAUGUUAACGGCAGAUGGAUCCCCCUACAGCAUGCACCAGCCUUGUGCCAGUUCGAAGUCUACACCGCUCCACAGAUGCUGUCUUUUUCGACAACGUACGUUGGCUGUGGCAUAACCCGUGAGAAUGGCUUCCACAACCUGACCAUCAGGUCAGAGGAGAGGGACAUGAGUCUGUCCUGCCCAGACAUUGGGAUCGCAGAUCCUCUCUCUAAAACCCCCACCACUCCUGAGCAACCAUCUAAAGCUUCCCAGUUACCACAACCGCCUCAAGUUCAGCGGGUUCCCCAGCAAGUUCCUCAGCAGGCGUCUCGACAGACCCAGGUUCCGCAGGCGUCUCAACAGACCCAGGUUCCGCAGGCGUCUCAACAGACCCAGGUUCCGCAGGCGUCUCGACAGACCCAGGUUCCGCAGGCGUCUCAACAGACCCAGGUUCAGCGGAUCCCUCAACAGACCCAGGUUCUGCAGGCGUCUCAACAGAACCAGGUUCAGCAGGGCCCUCAGGAGGAGAUGGGUGUGACGAUGCACAAAAUCCAGCAAGCUUCACAAUUAUUGAGACCAGCAGUACAGAACUUUUUAAAUUCUCAAGCUCAACAGUUCCAGCAAGUUCCGCAGCAGAACCAAGUUCAGCAGGCGUCUCCACAGACCCAGCUUCAGCAGGUGCCUGAGCAGACCCAGGUCCCGCAGUCUCUGACCCAGGAAGUCUCUCAAGCCUCCAAUCAAGUGUUCGAAACUCUUUAUCCUCCACCGUCUGAACCAAGCAACUCCCUCGCACGACUUUUUGCUCGAGACCCUUGGUCAAGAGUCGGGUAUUAGAUGCCGGCCAGGCAACCCCAGGUCCAGAUCACAGCCUCAGAAACAUUCAGUCACUAGCCAUAGCUGCAUCCCCCUAUAGGCAGCCUAUAGGU